AGUAACCGCCCUCGCCUAUGUCGCCCGUGUCCCGAUCCCGCCCUAAUGAGGACACUCUGGGCUCUGAGAAACGACGGCGUGCCUCGGACAGCCCACCGUCGGUGUUACAGACUCGACGAUCCCCUCGGGGAGGCGGUUUCGGUCUUCAGCUCAGCGGGUCCGAGGGGCUUGGCCCUCCGCGGGGUCCAGAGAGGCCGGGCCCCAGGUCUGGGGAGCGGCCGCCACCGCCAGGGAUCCGCACGUUUGCCACCUCUUGGUCCUCCUCUUCCGUCUCUGGCGGCUACCGCUACCACCAUUAUGCGGGAGAGCGUUUGUGGGCCGAGGACCAGGAGAAGGGAAAGGAGGAGAGCUAUCGGCAAAGGAGGCUGAAGGAAAGAGAGAGGAUAGGCGAGCUGGGCGCGCCCGAGGUGUGGGGACUGUCGCCCAAGUUUCCUGAGCCAGAUUCGGAUGAACACACACCAGCUGAAGAGGAGGUGAAGAAUCCGAAGAGCAGCAGUUCAGACGUCGCCAGUGAAGAAAAAAGCACGAAGACCGGUCAUUCAACAAAGAGGAAAAGGAAGAAAAAGUCCUCCAAACGGAAACGUAGAAAGUAUUGUGACGGUGACAGCAAUUCAGACUCUGACGUUCAGUCUAGCUCCGGGGGCGAUAAAAGGAAAGUUAAAGCCAGGAAGAAAGAGAAGAAAAAGAAACACCGGGCCAAACAACUCAAGAAGAGGAGGAGGACUAGAAAAGAAUCCAGCGAGGUACGCAGCGAAGCUUUAGAAAGGGAAUUGCCAGAAGAGGCAUGGAUGGAACAGUCAGUGAGUGCAGAUGCCCUGGAUUUAAUAGGCCCCAAAGCACCGGUAAUACAUACCUCUCAGGAUGAGAGACCUUUGAAUUAUGGCCACGCUCUGCUUCCAGGUGAAGGCGCAGCCAUGGCUGAAUAUGUGAAAGCUGGAAAGCGUAUCCCACGAAGGGGUGAAAUUGGGUUGACGAGUGAAGAGAUCGCCUCCUUUGAGGGUUCAGGUUACGUCAUGAGUGGUAGCCGACAUCGCCGGAUGGAGGCUGUAAGGCUGCGGAAAGAGAACCAGAUUUACAGUGCUGAUGAGAAAAGAGCCCUUGCGUCCUUUAACCAGGAAGAGAGGCGGAAGAGAGAGAAUAAGAUCCUAGCCAGUUUUCGAGAAAUGGUGUACAGAAAGACGAAAGGGAAGGAUGACAAGUGAGAACUUGUUUGUUGCUCUGCGGGACUUUUAAACAACAAAGGUUUUGUAUGGCGAAAAUAAUAGUAAAUGGUUCCACGGUUCCCCAGUGAUACUGCGCUCACUAAGUACCCUAGGGAAACACUUUUUGAGACUUCACUAGAAAGUUUUACAAACAUUUCACGGAAUGAGUAAAAAGGUGAAUGACACUCCAGUCCCAACCCCUCUCCAAAAGGAAAUUGUCUUCCAUAUUCUUUUGUUCUUUUGUGCAUAUGCAAGGUAUUUUGCGGAACAAAAGUUAGUACUACUAAACGGAAGAGUGCCCCACCCCAUCUGUUACUGUGAUCCUCUCCCCUCCCCUACCAGGAGGAGUUUACCUUUUGGAGUCAUUUGCCCCAGAAAGACAAAAAGAACUUGAGAGCUGUACCCGAGAAAAUAACCAUUUGGACCUAUCUGGAUUCAGUGGACUGUGUUCUGUUGGCUGUAGUUACCACACUUGGUAAAAGAAACUGAGUUUUGUAACAGAAAAGCCUAGGAAACUAUGUUUCCAGCAAAAUGUUAAUAGAAUUUGGGCUUUUUUCUCUUUUUCCAUGACUCGUUUUCUUAGAGUGGUUUCCCUUAUAGAAAGAACUGCCAAAUCUGUUGAAAGAAUAUUUCCUUUUGAAGUGGUUGGGUGUUUUCUUACUUUAAUUCAAUGCUGUUUCUUCAUAAUAAGAAAGUAACACCAUCAGCUGUUGUGCGUUGUAAAAUUAGGAGAGUCUUGCUCUUUCUCUGACCCUGUGCCAGUUUCCCUCUGAUCCCUCUUAUUGCCAAUGGGAAGAGCAUGGGUUUGGCCAAAAUGGGAUGCAUAUAACCAAAUUACAGUGGUAUUUAAGGCUAAUGAUAACAAUAUUCUGGUAAUUUGUUAAUAUGUACUCUUGCUUAAAUUAUUGAUAUGAUAGAACUUUUAUAGAAAGAUGAGUUCAUAAAUUUUGAACAUCAGAGCCUAGUUUAGUCUGAAAGUAGACAUAUAGAUCUACUUUAUAUAUAUUGUGUUUACCUGCAGUCAUUAAGAAGCUGGGGUAUUUUCUCCCAGAAGCAGUACUUGAGAGUAGUUUCUUCUCCCUGUAUAUUACUACAUUACUGAAAGUUUUAUCCACUAUUAAUUUAAGACAGUCUUAUUGAGUAAGUUGUUUCACAGUAGUUUGUUUACGAUGUCAUAUUUAUUUCCAGAUUUUUGUGUAUUUUUCAUGUUUCUUCACUGAGUCCUUCCAGUGAAGUAUUUAGAAUUAUCUUUAUGUGAAGCAUUUUUUUAUUUUUAUUUUUUUAUUGAAAAAAUUUCUGCCUCCUCCCCACCUCCCAUUUCCCUCCCCCUCCUCCCACUCCUCUCCCCCUCCUUCCCACUCCUCUCCCCCUCCCCCCACUCCAUUCCCCCUCCCUCUCCAGUCUGAAGAGAAGUCCAGAUUCCCUGCCCUGUGGGAAGUCCAAGGUCCUCCCCCCUCCAUCCAGGUCCAGGAAGGUGAGCAUCCAAACAGGCUAGGCUCCCACAAAGCCAGUUCAUGCAGUAGGAUCAAAACCCAGUGCCAUUGUCCUUGGCUUUUCAUCAGCCCUCAUUGUCUGCCAUGUUCAGAGAGUCCGGUUUUGUGAAGCAUUUUAAACAAGAUCUGCUGAGAUGCUCGUGGUUUUCUGCAAGUUCUUCAUUAGCUACAGUUACCUCUCGUGAUAGAGGAGAGAAGAGCUCACUGGCAACGUUCACAUUUUCUAAAGCACCAAAUCCAUCUUUUCAAUCAUGUCCCAACUUCAGGUAGACUAUAGUAAACACCUCCCAAAAAUUGCUCUGCAAAAUUACCUUUUCAGACUGUUUUAAUACAACUUUUUCCCCAUUUGCUUCAUCACAGUGAGGAAAGUGUGGGCCCUGUGUAUAGUUUCUCAAGAGCACCUGCCCUCAGCUACCAGCCCCCCAGGGAUCACACCAUAGCCUCUGUAGUCCAUUCUUCUCCCCACAGGGCCACAGUUGUAGGGUUUCCAAGGUCACUUCCAGGAAAGAAUAUUUCUGACGUGGUAUUAUUAACAAGAUUUGUUAGUUGAUUGGCAUAGUUUACAUAUCUGCUUGGAAUGAGUGGUGUUGCCUGAUGAACAGAAUAGCUUACUCUGGGGCACCACAUGUAUGAUUAAUAGGGAAGCCACAUAAGGAGGAUGUGGUUAUCUGAAAAUACCAUGUUGGGCAGGGAAGAUAGACAAUCAACAAAUGCCUGCUGCAGUUUUGAAUUUUAAAAUGUGUGUGUUCAUAACAAGUUCUGGUAGUUUACAAAGAAAAGCUUGAUUUUAUUGGCCAACUCCUGAUUGAAAAGGACACAGGGUUUAUCCAUAAAUAACUAUAGAAAGGCUUAAGGUUCAGGGUGCUGAAGUCUUCCGAAGAAUAGAUUAGGACCACCUAGGAAGAAAGAACAUUUGUGGAGAUACAGGGGAUAAGACUGUGCAAAGCAUAUGACGAGAUCUUUUGUUUCUAAGGAAGACCUCAGAGUAAGCUGCGCUUAUGAUCUACAACCAGGCAUUUGUUGUCCAUAGGGACAUUGAUAUGUACUGACCCCGAUAGCGUAGCCCUUCCCAAACUAACUCAUCUCACUGGCAAAGCUUCCUUUAUAAGGCUCAAAACGUCAGUAAGCCCUACAGAGUCGCAACAUGGAGUGGGGUCCAGAAUCUGGAGGGCAGUAUGGAAUGGAAGGACACCUUCAUUCAGUGCUGUGACUUGUUUCAGGUCACCCCAAAGGAGGUUGAAGGAAGUUGGUGAAAGCUGUGCUUGUACCUCUACACGUUCCAUCUAUGGAAACUACGCCUCACUAUAUACAGGGGGGACCACUUCUUUCCCCUUAACAGUACAUCUUAUGUUUUGUAUCAAUACAUAGAAAUCUAAUUUUGAAAUGAUUUUAUAAUUUCCGUCGAAUGUGUUUCCGGACACGUGGAGCUCUUCUGGCCUAAAGUCAACAGAAAUGAACUCAACCCAACAAGACAGGUUGGUCCAUGGCAUGGGUCUGAGGAGCGCACUGGUGAAAAGACAGCAGGCUGGGCACCCAGGCAAGGGCACGACUGGGGAGGCUUUCUGACGUGGGUUAUGGUCACUCCUUUGCAUCGGCUGUGAGCACCAGCAUUGAAAGGUAUUUUCUCUGCACAAAUAUUUCUUGUGUAAAGAGGAAAAUCGUGCUUCUUGUGUUGUAAGUACUGUAGAGAAGUCUGUAAGUUAGCCUUAGCCACUAACACCUUAGAAUUUAUGAUCAACAGGGAUCAAACUUGAAAAUGUUUAAUUACAAAUUGCAUCACACUAUAAAAAAUAUAAGGCUAGAAGUCUAAGAAAUUGGACUUUCUGAGACAGUUAUUAGUAAAAAACUAAAUGUCACAUUUAAUCUUCAUGCUUUCAAAUUUUAGUAGAUACUAUAAUGAUGCUUUCUAGGAAGAUUGACAGGCCAACGUCACCACCAGUAUUGUACUUUUUCAACAAGCUUUCUGUCUUUGUUUUUCUGGUCAGUGAAAGUGGAUUUUCACUGUUAAUUUUAUUUUCCCUUGUCAACAGUAAAGCAACGCUUCUUUUUCGGUAUUUCUUAUUUUGUAGUCCUCGUAAUAUAAAGUGUUCACGCUAGUGUUUGGUGGUUUUAUUUGGGGAAUGUUGGUCUUCUUAUUCAUCAUAAAAGCUCUUAAGUAAUAAAAAGUUAAC